AUGGCGUUCUGUGGCGUGGAGAAUGCUCGGCGCACGUCAAAGGCUGAAUGCAGAACAAAUAGUUAUAGACCCCGAAGCCGAGGAACUUUGCACUUCCCGCAACAGUCCCCAGUCCCGCCAUCCUGGGACAAAUCCGAGGAAGUGGCUCGGAUCGAUGCCCUGGCCACAGCGCCGGGUGUAACCAUGGCAUCCUUCGCGCAUUUAGAUGAGAAGAAGAUCCUAAGGAAGAUGGAUUUGCGACUUAUCCCCAUGUUGGCCUUGCUCUACCUCCUCUCCUUCCUCGACCGGGGGAACAUCGGCAAUGCGAAAAUCGAAGGCCUAGUGGAAGAUCUCAACAUGACGGGUCCGCAGUAUAAUUGGUGUCUUACCGUCUUUUUUUUUACCUAUGCCGCAUUCGAAGUCCCCAGUAACCUGCUGUUGAAGAAGCUCAGGCCGAGCAUCUGGCUGCCGACUAUUAUGGUAGCUUGGGGGAUUGUUAUGACACUUAUGGGAAUAGUGCAAAAUUUCAAAGGGUUGUUGAUUGCACGGAUCUUUUUGGGGGUUACUGAGGCUGGGCUUUUCCCUGGUGUUGCAUAUUAUAUUACUAUGUGGUAUUGCCGGCAUGAAGCCCAGCUCCGUCAAGCGCUGUUCUUCAGCGCUGCGUCUGUCGCGGGUGCAUUUUCGGGACUCCUGGCCUACGGCAUUGCCCACAUGGAUGGUGUUGGCAAUUUGGAGGGGUGGCGCUGGAUCUUCAUUCUCGAGGGAAUCUUGACAGUCAUUGUAGCUAUCACUGCAUACUUCAUCCUGUUCGAUUUCCCGGAAACUGCGAGCUUCCUAACAGAGGAAGAGCGCGCGUUUGUUGUGUACCGGCUCAAGUAUCAGGCGGCACAAGAUGACGAAGAGACUAAGGUCGCCCAGGACGACACAUUCAAGUGGGAGUAUGUGAAAGCCGCGUUUUUGGACUGGCAGAUUUGGACAAACAUUUGGGUCUAUUGGGGGAUUGUCGCCCCUCUUUAUGGCAUCUCGCUCUUCCUCCCGACCAUUAUUCGCGCACUUGGAUACACCAGCUCAACAGCACAACUCCUCACUGUGCCCAUCUACGUCACUGCAUCGAUUCUCGCUAUAGCUGUUGCGUACGUCAGUGAUCGAUAUGGCAAGCGGUACCCAUUCAUCCUGGUGUGUUUGUGCAUAAUGGCGGUGGGAUUCAUUAUGUGCAUAUCGAGCAGCACGCCUGGUGUCAUAUAUGCCGGGGUAUUCAUCGCAGCCUGCGCCCUAUAUCCGGCAUUCCCCGGAAACAUUACCUGGCUAAGCAAUAACCUAGCGGGAAGCACGAAACGCGCAACAGGACAGGCGAUCCAAAUUGCUUGUGGAAACCUCGCAGGAGCCAUGGCUUCGAAUUUCUACCGGUCCAAGGACGCCCCUCAUUAUGUCCUUGGCCAUGCACUUGAACUUGGGUUCAUUGUCGCUGGAAUCAUUGCAUUGUUAGUUUUGGUGUUCAGUUACAGGAGGAUUAAUGCCACGCGCGAAAAACAGCUAGCUGAAGGGGCACAUAAUGGAUACACACCUGAAGAGAUGAGCGCAUUAGGCGACAGAGCUUUGACCUUCAGGUACUUCCUGUAA